AUGGUUUUUGUAAACACAAGGUCUUUAGGAAGAAAUCCUAAGUAUUGGGAUAAUCCAGAAGAAUUCAUUCCGGAAAGGUUCUUAGAAAAUGACAUUGACAUAAAGGGACAAAACUUUACACUGUUGCCAUUUGGUUCUGGAAGAAGAAAGUGUCCUGCUUUUAACCUCGGGAUUAAGAUUGUUCGGACAACGCUGGCUAACUUGUUGCAUGGAUUCAACUGGAAAUUAGCUGGAGAUACGAAGCCAGAAAAUAUAAGCAUGGAGAAAAUCUAUGGAUUGACUACACACCCUAAGAAACCAAUAUCUAUGAUCAUGGAACCAAGACUCUCCAACCAUCUUUAUUAUUAG